AUACCAUGUAGGACCAGCCGGUGUAUGUAUCGUUGGAAAUGAUCACAGAACUUUCUCUCCCUCCCCAACAAUUGCGUGGAGGAAAAAUGCAGUUGAGAUCAUUUUCACGGGAGACACUGCCUUUUUUGGCUAUGAUAACAGUGGAAUGCACAGACGUGGGUCUCUCAGUGCUGAGCAAGGCAGCUUUGAACCAAGGAAUGAACAAUUUUGUUUCAGUGGUCUACUGCAAUGCCUCGGGAACCCUCAUUCUUCUUCCUUACUUUCUCUUCCACAGUUCUUUCUUCUUUUGCAGAAACAGGCGUCCGCCUCUCACUUUCUCCCUCCUUUGGAGAUUUUUCCUCGUUGCCCUUAUAAUGAGCUCCGGCCAAAUAAUAGCUUAUACCGGCAUUAAAUUUAGUUCCCCAACUCUUUUAUCUGCUAUGGCGAAUCUUAGCCCUGUCUUUACUUUCUUGCUGGCAGUCAUAUUCAGAUUUGAGAAGCUAGAGUUAAGAAGAUCAAGCGGUCUAGCAAAAUUCUUGGGCGCUGUUAUAGCGGUUACAGGUGCUUUUAUAAUCACACUAUAUCAGGGUCCCGAACUCUUGAUGGCUUCGUCAACUUAUAGCUCUCCGACUCCUCAUCGGCUACUUGAUUCACAGCAAUCAAAGUGGGUCAUUGGAGGUUUUCUCCUUCUUCUGACAGCUCUAUCAUCUGCAACAUGGAACAUUUCUCAGGCUUCUACUGUCAAGAAGUACCCAGAAGAAAUGACCAUAGUCUUCUUCUGUACACUCUUUGUAGCAAUCCAAGCUGCGGUUUUCUCAGCCAUUGCUGAAAGAAAUAUAAACGCAUGGAAACUGUCGACAAUGGUUGAAGUGCUUGCCAUUAUUUGCACGGCGAUAUUCGGGAGUGUUUUCCGGAUCGCUGUUCACACAUGGUGCUUACGCAAGAAGGGACCUAUCUAUGUGGCAAUGUUCAAGCCAUUGGGGAUGGCUGCUGCAGUGGUCCUGACAGUCAUUUUCCUUGGAAGCACUCUUUUUCUGGGCAGUGUGAUUGGAUCCAUUGUAAUUGCACUUGGAUUUUAUUCUGUGAUUUGGGGACAAAUGAAAGAGAGAAACAUGGCUAUUGACAUUGAAAAUUGUAGCCUGGGAUCAACCAGCAAAAAGACUCCUCUUCUUCAAAACAGCCAAGAUAUAUCAAGUAUUUAACAUCGCACUGGGGGGAAAAAUUCCUCGUUGGUUCUGUAAUUUUCCGAAUAAUGAUAAUUUAAGAACUCUUGCAAGUUACAAUGUAAUGUUGUGAGAAGAUUAAAAGCUUCCGAGAAAUCCAGUGAAGGAAUGAAAAAUCUUUAUUUAGAAA